AUGUCCGAGUCCCCAGUGGCGUUUUGUUCCAACAGUGACAACACCUUUGUGGUCAGAGUAAACCCCAACUGCCGGGCGUUUGAUUUCACGCUAUUCUUCGAAGAUGUCUUCUUUUCGGUUUUGCCUGCAAGCACUUUUCUCUUACUCGCUAUACCCCACAUACUCAUCUGGCGCAAACAAACCAUCAAACUUAGCUCACCUAAACUCGCCAUUUAUAAAUUGAUACUUCUCUCGCUGUUAUUUGCUCUGAGUAGUGCUUUUCUGGCCUUCCGACUGCGUGAUGAAGCUCUCUUCACAAAUAUCGCUUUGGCAUCUUCCAUUCUGGACACAGCGGCCAACGGCACUGCAAUCGUGCUUUCCUUUCUUGCUGAUCAGCGUGCGAUCAACCCUUCCUAUCUACUCAGCUUAUAUUUCUCAUUAGGCAGUGUUCUGUCCAUCCCCAGACUACGCUCAUUGUGGCUUAUUAACUCCGAUCAGACCUGCCGGUCCAUUUGGACGGCCAUUUUCACAUUGACGGUACUGGUUGCCCUCGCAGAGUCAGUAAACAAAGAGGCAAUCUUGUUGCCGGAUGUCAGAGACAAGGCUAGUAAAGAGGAGAUCCACGGACUUUGGGGCCGGAGCUUCUUUACCUGGACAAAUUCUGUUUUCAAAAACGGAUACCGUGCCGCCUUGCAGGUGGAUGACCUACCUGACGUGGAUAACAGCUUGCAGGCAUCGCUCGCUGGGGAAAAGAUACAUCGAGCAUGGACCAAGGGUAGUCACGAGACAAAACGCUAUCGUCUAAUACGAGCAACGCUUCGAGCAUAUUUCUGGCCUUUUUUGUCUGCUAUAAUUCCUCGCCUGAUCUUGAUCGCUUUCAAAUUCUGUCAGCCAUUUUUGAUCACAGCAGCUGUGAAUUAUGUUAGUAGGCCGAAGGCUUCCCCUGACUACUUUGGACAAGCACUCAUCGGUGCCUUUGUCCUUGAGUACUUCAGCAUGGCAGUUGUUACUUCCAUAUAUUGGCGACAGGCCUUCCGCUUUGUGACAAUGAUAAGGGCAGGGCUGGUAUCGAUGAUUCAUAGGAGGCUAAUGCAAUCAAGAACGGUAGAUGUCAAGGAAUCAGAAGCUGUCACCCUCAUGGAGGUUGAUGUAGAUAGGAUCGUCAGGGUUCUGCGCAACUUGCAUGAAAUAUGGGCUUGCUUGGUGGAGAUCAUUAUCGCAAUCUGGUUGCUUGAGCGGGAGAUGGGGGCUGUCUGUGUGGUACCCGCAUUGAUAUCCAUUUUAUCCGUUGCUGCCUCGCUUCCUGUGUCAAAAAGAUUCAAAAUUAGCCAGCAACUCUGGGUCCAACGAAUUGGAGAGAGAGUGAUUACGACUGCAGGUGUCUUGAGCAACAUCAAAGCGGUGAAGAUGUUGGGAUUGAAUAAAGCAGUUUAUAGUCUUGUGACUGAAUUGCGAGAGCUAGAGUUGCAAACCUCACAACACUUUCGGAAGCUAUUAAUUUGGACAAUUGCUCUAUCUAAUGUACCAUCUGACUUUGCACCAUUUGCAACUUUCUUGGUAUAUGCAAUUGUCUCGAUUGUGAAAGGAAACGGGUACCUCCUAUCUGCUCAAGCAUUCACAUCUCUCUCCUUGAUCAGCUUAUUGACCAGCCCAUUGCUCACAUUUAUUCAAACAACUCCUGGCCUGUUUCAAUCCGAGGCAUGCUUCAACCGAAUUGAGGAGUUUUAUACUCAAAUCUCCCCCGAAGAUUUGGAUACCAUUAAUGAUAGGGAGCAGGACGAUGAACUGAUUAUCUUGGACAACGCAUCUUUUUCUUGGAAUUCUGAUUCACAGCCAGUCCUGCAAAAUGUUGAUCUCGUGAUCGGAAGAAAGUCAAUCACAUUGGUCACAGGCCCUGUUGGGUCUGGCAAAACCGCUUUGCUAGAAAGCAUUAUGGGUGAAACAACUCUCCGAGAGGGUACAUUGACUGUCAAGACAUCACGUAUCGCUUACUGCUCUCAAAACGCUUGGAUUAUCAACGAUACCAUCCGAAGUAACAUCACUGGGCAUGGUGAGAUUGAUGAAAAGUGGUACGACUUCGUCUUACAGGUCUGUUGUCUGAAGGGGGACCUCCAAAGAAUCCCUCAAGGUGACAUGUUCACCUGCGGCAGCGGUGGAGUGGCUCUGAGUGGAGGGCAAAAACAGCGUAUUGCACUCGCUCGAGCGAUCUAUUCCAAAGCAGAAGCCAUUGUUCUUGAUGACAUCUUUGCUGGACUUGAUCCCAAAACCCUUAGUUCCAUAUCAACGCAGUUAUUCAGCGAUAAUGGCUAUUUCCGGGAAGCAGGCAAAACGGUCAUCAUAGUCACACAGAAUCCUCGCUUAGUUCAUUUUGCCGACAACACCAUCAGUCUCAAUAAUGGCAUACUCAGCAGUCAAAUUAAGUCCAAGGGGGAAAUUGAACUAGAUAAGCCGGAAUCACUAGGCGAGUGGGAGUUUGCAGAGGGGCCUUCGGAAGAGACUAGCCCUCUUGAGUCUACUGACAAUACAGCAAACACGAAGUCCCGUGAGGACAAGAAAGAUGACCAAUCCAGACAGAAGGGCGGGUCGGGUGUCUAUCGCUUUUACCUAAAAAGAUCCGGAGUUGGGGUAGUAGUGUGUUUCAUUGCAGCAAUGAAUCUCGAGGCGGCCUGUGGAAAUGUGGCAUCUGUUUGGAUCCAACAAUGGUCGAGCGCCAAUGCAAAGGAUCAGAAAGAUCAUGUUGGCAUGUAUCUUGGAGUUACCGAUUUGGGAUCGCUGGUCAACAGUGAAGAUAUGACCCUCAUUGAUAUGAAUCUUCCUGUUGACGCAAUCAACGUAGCUGGAAGUAGCGCAAGCUGUAUUGCAAAGGUCAUAAUUGCUUGUGUCUUUGGCAAGUAUCUCACUGCAGCAAUGCCCGUUCUGGUCGCUGUUAUAUGCCUUGUUCAGAGCUAUUACUUGCGUACAUCACGACAAGUACGAUUGCUAGAUAUUGAAGCAAAAGCACCACUUGUUUCUCACUUCUUGGAGACAAUGCAAGGAAUCACGACUCUGAAGGCACUCGGCUGGUCUUCACAUUUCCAGAAAGCUUUCGAGAGUAGCUUUGUCGUUUCUCAAAAGCCAUUUUACAUGUUAUACUGCAUACAACAGUGGUUGACAUUGGUCCUUGAUUUGAUCACUGGAACAAUGGCCAUUAUUCUUAUUGCAAUCACUGCGUCAUUACGAGAUCACUUUUCUGGGGGCUCUGUCGGUGUUGCGCUCUAUAUGAUCAUGACCUUGAACCAGGCUUUGGCACAGCUCAUCAAUUAUUGGAUAUCGCUGGAGACUUCCAUCGGCGCAGUUUAUCGUGUGAAAACAUUCUUGCAAGACACUCCAUCGGAAUCUGAUCAUGCUUGCUCUACAGAGUCGUCGUUUUCGAAAGGCGCUAUCGAAAUUGCCAAUCUAACUGUUUCGUAUAAUCCUUCUACCGCACCGGUUCUGAAAGGUCUUUCUCUAAACAUCCUUCCGGGAGAGAAGGUCGCUAUAUGCGGGCAGUCCGGAAGUGGCAAAACCUCAUUGGUACUUGCUCUUCUCCAGAUGAUGGAGGUUCAAGAUGGAUACAUCAAAAUUGACGAGACGAACUUGGCCGGCCUCAAACCUGAUUCUCUUCGUGCAUGUUUGAGUGUUGUCUCUCAGGAUCAAUUUCUUCUUCCUGGCACUGUCCGAUUGAAUAUGGAUCCGUAUAAGCGAACCUCGGAUGAAACGAUUCAACAGGCUUUGAACCUUGUUGGGUUAUGGAACAGGAUAAGUUCUGGGGGAGGUUUGGAGAUGAAACUCAAGAGCUCAGAAUGGUCUGUUGGCGAGAAGCAGUUAUUGGCUCUUGCUCGAGCUAUGGUUAUUCGAUCCCCCGUCCUCAUCUUGGAUGAGGCUACAAGCAGCGUCGAUCUAGAUACCGAGGCUCUCAUGCAGAGGGUCAUAGCGGAUCAUUUCAGCUCUCAAACUGUCGUUUCUGUCAUCCAUCGCUUUGGAAAUAUUCGACAGUUUGACCGGGUUAUCUUGAUCAAAGAUGGCGUUAUGGUUGAGAACGACUCCCCGGCGACGCUUCUCGGUGCGGAAUCAGAACUUCGCAAACUUUAUGACCUCACCCAACAGACUAUAUAA